UUAUUUCGAGGUUUUAUAAUUUUAUAUUUGUUCAUUAGCCAAUAAACUUAUAUAAUUAAUUAUAUUACACUCUAGUUGAAACGUUUUUUAAAUUCUUAGAACGUUUGCUACCAAUUAUUUUGUGAAAAAUGUCGGCCAAAAUUGUUAAAAAUAUUUUGAAAAGUGUACCAUUCAGUCGCCUUUGUAUGUCCCAAAUUAGAACAAAAGCAACAUUACCUACUCUGGCAUAUGAAUAUAAAGACUUGGAACCAAUCAUAUCACGAGAUAUCAUGGAAAUUCACCACCAAAAACAUCAUAAUACUUAUGUAGUAAACUACAACAAUACACUUGAUAAAUUACAGACUGCUGUAGCAAAAGACGAUACAGCGACAAUCAUAAGCUUGGCACCUGCACUUAAGUUCAAUGGCGGUGGUCAUAUUAAUCAUUCUAUUUUCUGGGAUACACUUACACCUCAUUCAACUAAACCUUCUGAUGAUUUGGAUAAGGCUUUAAUCCAAAACUUUGGUUCAUGUGAUGAAUUUAAGAAACAACUAGCUGCAGCUUCUAUUGCAGUACAAGGUUCUGGAUGGGGUUGGCUUGGGUUUAAUCCUCAAACAAAGAAAUUGACUGUAAUAAGUUGUGCUAACCAAGAUCCACUAUUUUCAACUACUGGAUUGAUUCCUUUGUUUGGAAUUGAUGUUUGGGAACAUGCUUACUACUUACAAUAUAAAAAUGUUCGUGCUGAUUAUGUCAACGCAAUUUUUGAAGUUGUAAACUGGGAUGCUGUGUCCAAACGUUUUGCUGAAGCUUCUGCUUGAUUUUUCUCAAUUUAUAUUAAUUAUUAUUUCUACUUUAUAGUUCUUAUUGAGUAUAUAUUUAAAUUUAAACAAUCAAAUAUGUACUUUUUAUGUAUUCCUGUAAACACUGUUUAGUUUCAAUUAAAAUAUAUUAAUAUUAAUAAAUUGUA